UGUCUGGAGGCCGUAGCCGCCUGCACCUCAUUGACCUCGGCAGCUGUGUGAAAGCUCUUAGCAAAAAUCGGGAAGGAGGCUCAGGGCUAUGCCUCUCACUGUCCGCUCUGGGCAAUGUCAUCCUGGCUCUUGUCAACGGCAGCAAACACAUCCCCUACAAAGAGAGCAAGCUCACCAUGCUGCUGCGGGAGUCCCUAGGGAACGUGAACUGCCGCACCACCAUGAUUGCGCACAUCUCGGCCGCCGCCGGCAGCUACGCUGAAACCCUGUCCACCAUCCAGAUUGCCUCGAGGGUCUUGAGGAUGAAGAAAAAGAAAACGAAGUACACGUCGAGCUCCUCUGGCGGGGAGAGCUCCUGUGAAGAAGGCCGGAUGCGCAGGCCCACCCAGCUGCGGCCCUUCCAGGCCAGGGCCGCGGCAGAGCCGGACUUCCCCAGCCCUCAGCUGCCCAGUGAGCCCGACUACUCCUCCAGCAGCGAGCAGUCCUGCGACACAGUCAUCUACAUCGGGCCCAACGGCACGGCCCUGUCGGACAAGGAGCUCACAGACAACGAGGGCCCCCCUGACUUUGUCCCCAUCGUGCCGGCCCUGCAGAAGGUCCAGGGCGACAGCCGGCCCGCGGAGGCCAGUGGGGCCGUGGCCAGCAAAUCGGAAAGGGACUGCUUGAAGUGCAACACGUUUGCCGAGCUGCAGGAGAGGCUGGGCUGCAUCGACGGCAGCGAAGAGCCCAGUCGGUUUCCUUUCGAAGAGCUGCCUGCCCAGUUUGGGGCAGAGCAGGCCAGCAAGUGCGCCCCGUCAGGCCAGGCGGCCGGGGCAAGCCCACUCUGUGCGUCCGACAGGGAAGAUGACGGGUCCGACGGCCAGUCCACCGACAGAGAAGGCACCGCCCCUCCUGCCUCCAAGAUGCAGAGAAAUCACUCGCCCGGCCCAGCCCCUGCCCCUGGCCCCGCGCCGCCCAGCAGCCCCAGCCCUGCCUCGCCCAGGAGCAUCCCGGGCAGCAGCAGCGAGCACAGCGCAGCCAGCCUCCAGAGCAGCCGAGAAAGCCUGAACUCCUGCGGCUUUGUGGAAGGCAAGCCCAGGCCGAUGGGCUCCCCGCGGCUGGGCAUCGCCAGCCUGUCCAAGACCUCAGAGUACAAGCCAACCAGCUCUCCCUCCCAGAGAUGCAAAGUCUACACCCAGAAGGGCGUCCUGCCUUCUCCUGCCCCCCUGCCUCCACUGAGCAAGGGUUCCGGCCUGCUCUCUAGUGAGUCCCUGAUGCAGCCUGAGGUGCGCACCCCCCCGGUCGGAAUGAGCCCCCAGGUCUUGAAGAAAUCCAUGUCCGCUGGGAGUGAGGGGUUCCCCGAAAGCCCUGGCGAGGACGAGCCUCAGGCAUUGACUUCCCCGGAUUCUAAGAAGGAGAUCCUGAGCACCACGCUGGUGACGGUGCAGCAGCCGCUGGAGCUGAACGGUGAGGACGAGCUGGUGUUCACGCUGGUAGAGGAGCUGACCAUCAGCGGGGUCCUGGGCGGCGGCCGCCCCACCAGCAUCAUCAGCUUCAACAGCGACUGCUCCGUGCAGGCCCUGGCCUCAGGCUCCCGGCCUGUCAGCAUCAUCGGCAGCAUCAGCGAGGACCUGGAGUGCUACUCCAGCGUGGCGCCCGUCUCCGAGGUCAGCAUCACGCAGUUCCUGCCCCUCCCGAAGCUGACCCUGGAUGAGAAGGCCUGCGAGGCCGGGAGCAGACGUUCAUCCAUCAGCUCCUGGCUGAGCGAGAUGAGCGCCGGCAGUGAUGGCGAGCAGUCCUGCCACAGUUUCACAGCCCAGACAUGCUUCGGGCACGGGGAGGCCAUGGCAGAGCCCCCGGCCUCGGAGCUCGGCGGCAGCAUCCAGAACAGUGCUGUGGUGUGUCGGGAGAAGCCCAAGGCAGGCCCCGACAAUUUGCUCAUCUUGCCUGACGUGAGCGAAGACUCUUUCAACAAGGCGGCCCCCAUCAAAGGCUGCAAGAUCUCCACGCUGGGCAAAGCCAUGGUCACCAUCUCCAACACGGCAAAUCUGGGUGGCUGCGAGGGCUACAUCCCCAUGAAGACCAACAUUACAGUCUACCCCUGCAUCGCCAUGAGCCCCCGGCCUGUCCAAGAGCCCGAGGCGUCCAUCGCCCCCACCGUCAGCUCAGCGCCCAGAGCAGCACAGACCCAGGACAGCAGGGAGACUGGUGCAAAGACAGAGAUGAAAUUUGAGGAUCCUUGGCUAAAACGAGAAGAGGAGGUCAAAAAAGAGAGUGCCUAUCCCAGGGAAGAGGGGACUGGGUGUGAGGCUGCCACAGGCCCCCCGAAGCCGGAGGCCAGGGCAGAACAAGACAGGAAGGCCAGCCCCGGGGACAGGCUGAGCAGCAGCAGCAGUGAGGUGUCCGCCUCGCCAGGGAGCGACACCUUCAGAAGGGUGGUGGAUGGCUGUGAGAUGGCCCUGCCCGGCGCAGCGGCCCAGAGCCCUGUGCACCCCAACAGGAGCCUCAAGUCAAGCAGCCUGCCCAGGGCUUUCCAGAAGGCCAGCAGACAGGAGGAACUGGGCAGCCUGUUCUACCACUGUGCCGCGGAGACCAACGGGCUGGGCGUGCCCCCCUGCAAGGCGACCCCGGAGAGGAAGGUGGCGUCACCCAAGCACGGAGUCCUGGCUCGGCCCAAAGGGACGCCCCCUCUGCCUCCGGUCCGCAAGUCCAGCCUGGACCAGAAGAACCGGGCCAGCCCCCAGCACAGCGCCUGCAGCAGCAGCACCGGCAGCCCCUCGCACCCCUCGCACCCGCCGGCGCCCUUCCUGGCCGCGUUCCCGGACGAGGCCGGCGGCAGGCUGAAGGAGGCCAGCAGCAGCAGGCUCUUCAGUGCUAAGCUGGAGCAGCUAGCCAGCAGGACCAACUCCCUGGGCCGGGCCACGGUCAGCCAUUACGAGUGCCUCUCGCUGGAGAGGGCCGAGAGCCUGUGCGCAGGCAGCUGGCGGGCGCACGCGGGCAAGGACAGCACGAUCAGCGGCCACGGCAGCGACAACAGCAGCGUGCUGAGCGGCGAGCUGCCGCCCGCCAUGGGCAAGACGGCCCUGUUCUACCACAGCGGCGGCAGCAGCGGCUACGAGAGCGUGCUGCGCGACAGCGAGGCCACCGGCAGCGCCUCGUCUGCGCACGACUCCACGAGCGACAACAGCAGCUCCGUGGGCGGCCGCUGCCGCAGCCUCAAAGCCCCGAAGAAGCGCUCCAACUCAGGUUCUCAGAGACGGAGGCUCAUCCCAGCGCUGUCCCUUGAUACCCCCUCCCCUAUAAGAAAGCCCGUCAGCAGCACUGGGGUCUGCUGGGUGGACGGCCCCUUGCGCACCACCCAGAGGGGCCUCGGGGAACCUUUUGAGAUCAAAGUCUAUGAAAUCGAUGACGUAGAGCGGCUACAGCGGCGACGUGCGGGCAGCAGCAAGGAGGUUACGUGCUUCAAUGCGAAACUGAAAAUUCUGGAGCAUCGCCAGCAGAGAAUCGCCGAGGUCCGGGCCAAGUACGAGUGGCUGAUGAAGGAGCUGGAGAUCACCAAACAGUAUCUGAUGCUGGACCCCAACAAGUGGCUCAGCGAAUGCACUGGCGGGGGAGAGGACAUGAACGAGAACAGUAGCUAA